GCGCUGGCGGCGGAGGGGAGGCUGCCGAGCGAGGGCAGGAGGUCGGGAACGCGGGCGUGGAGUGAAGUGCCUAGUCCCAAACCACGCAGGACUCCUCCGGAAGACCCUUGCUCUUUUCCUGCACUCCGGGGAGGCAGAGGGCUUUCCCAGCACCCCGGCCUCCUGCCAUGUCCGACCCCAUUACCCUGAAUGUCGGGGGGAAGCUCUACACGACCUCUCUGGCAACCCUGACCAGCUUCCCCGACUCUAUGCUGGGCGCCAUGUUCAGCGGCAAGAUGCCCACCAAGAGGGACAGCCAGGGAAACUGCUUCAUCGACCGCGAUGGCAAAGUGUUCCGCUACAUCCUCAACUUCCUGCGGACCUCCCACCUGGACCUGCCCGAGGACUUCCAGGAGAUGGGCCUGCUGCGCAGGGAGGCCGACUUCUACCAGGUGCAGCCCCUCAUCGAGGCCCUGCAGGAGAAGGAGGUGGAGAUGUCCAAGGCGGAGAAGAACGCCAUGCUCAACAUCACGCUGAAGCGGCACGUGCAGACGGUGCACUUCACCGUGCGGGAGGCGCCCCAGAUCUACAGCCUGUCCUCCUCCAGCAUGGAGGUGUUCAACGCCAACAUCUUCAGCACGUCCUGCCUCUUCCUCAAGCUCCUGGGCUCCAAGCUCUUCUACUGCUCCAACGGCAAUCUUUCCUCCAUCGCCAGCCACUUGCAGGACCCCAACCACCUGACUCUGGACUGGGUGGCCAACGUGGAGGGCCUGCCGGAGGAAGAGUACACCAAGCAGAACCUGAAGCGCCUCUGGGUGGCGCCCGCCAACAAGCAGAUCAACAGCUUCCAGGUGUUUGUGGAAGAGGUGCUGAAGAUUGCCCUGAGCGAUGGCUUCUGCAUCGACUCCUCCCACCCACACGCUCUGGAUUUUACGAACAAUAAAAUUAUUCGGUUGAUACGGUACAGAUAAAAAAAAAAAAAAAGACCCCAGCAUCAUUGAGAUGAGGGUCCCAAGAAGCUCCGUGUCAGCCAAGGCCUUGAGGAGAGCCUCCCCAGUGACUUGAGGCAGGGGACUGAUACUAAUCUGUAUUAAUUGCAUAGCAGUACUUGAUUCCCCCCCACCACCCCGUGAUGAAGCCCGCCUUUUUGGAAUCCACAUGUCCUCUGAACACAACCACCUUUUUCUUGCCAUUUUGAGCUGGAGAUGGACAGUUUAUCAUGACAAGUGAAGAGUCGGGUGAUGGAUUCAAGAGGAGCCCACGGGAGGACUUUCUGGCCCUGACAAAGAGCAGCCGUUUUCCCAACGGCUCCGUCUCUACACCACUAAUCACUGCCUCACUCUCUCUUCUCUGAAAAGAGCCCUGGCAGCAGAGGAGGUGGGCUGAGAACUAGGGAAUCCCCUUGGGACAGCAGAUCCCAUCUCCACCACUCUUGAUGUAACCUCUGGAGGAUAGAUCAAGGACCUUGGACUCCUUUGCCCCGGGGUGACCAUGUUUGGCUAGCUUGGAAUGCAUUAUGUUCCCGGACCUCUUUCGUGGCCCCCACGCAGGAAGAGUUGAGCUAUGGAAUGGCCUAGAGGAGUGAGUGAGUGAGUGAGUGCCCAGGGUUCAGAAGGGUGGGGUGUCCCUCCUAAGGAGGACAAGUCUAGGGAUUCCUGGCUUCAGAAACAGGCUGCUGUCCAGCAGAGGUGUGAAAGCACUGGAGCCAGUGCGACGAAGGGCACUUCAUGACCCAGCCUGGUGCUGGACUUUUGUAAUCCUUUCCCAAGAUUUUGAAGUGUCUCUGAAAACCAGUUUGUUUAAGCCAAUAUACUACAGACUCUCAGGGUUGGCAAAUAAUCCAGUAGUUGUUCUGUUCUUCCCUUUCCCCCAAGACACCCCAGCACCUUUGGGGAUGAGUGCCUAUCCUCUAGUACCUCCAAUGGGUCAUCCACACCAGCUUGUAUACCCCUGGCGACAGGAAGCUCACUAUCCCCAAGGCAGCUCCUGCCAAGGUUGAGUGGGGAGAUCUUCCUUAUAUUGGCCCCAAAUCUGCCCUGCUCUUUCCAUGCACUGGAAAAGGACCUUCCUUCUUACCCAAAUAUCUAUCCUUGCUUUGAAAGUCAUCACCUCAAGAAGUCAGACACUACUCUGAAGGUAUCAUUAGUCAGAACUCCGACUCCCCUUUGGGGUCCGCCUUUAGAAUCAAAGUUAGCGCCUUUCCAUCCUUUUUGCAUUGUGUGUGGCCCCUCCUCACCCCCUACCCCCCACCAGCCAUGACUUAGCAUGAUCCUGACCAUGUCUGCUUGGGAGCCGAUCACAGAGAUCAGAGGACCGUAACAGGGUCUUGGAGGGUAGUGUGGGAAUGGUCUAAACCAUCACACUGCCAGGCAUAAGUAACCAGGCAUAUGACACUCCUGUCAAGGAAGCAGCAGCCUUCCCCGGUUAUCCUGUCUGGUCUUAACUUGCCCUGGAGUGCUCAGGGCAAGAAACCCCAAGUCACUACUCCCCAGCACAUUAUGAUCCACCCCUGGGGCGACAGCACUGGAGAAAGGCUCCAGACACUGCCCAGGAAGCCGGGACAGGCAUCCACAGGAGGCAGGCCAAGCAAGGGCAAGAUAGCUACAGCUUGUGCCUGGGGAGCUGGGAACCUGGGUCAUGGGCAGAGCCAGGUCUCCCAGGCAAUAAAGGCCUUCUCCUCCCUGCAGUGGGACCCAGGAGUCUCUGUGAUAGCCACCCCAGGCCAUCAGGCCAGUGGCGGUCUUGAAAGCUCAUCAAGAGCCCACUUGACAGCCGAACAACAGAAGUUGUGACCACCGCAAGACAAGUCACAGAAGAAGCCUCCUGAGUCAGCACUGCCCUUAUCUCUCCAGAAAAAUUUGCUUUCUCCAUUGUUUUGGUGCUUCCUAAUUUUAGCAGCUUGACUUUAGAGAAAGUGCAGAACCUGUGAAGCCACUAACACGCUAAGUGACUUCACGAAAGUCACUCACCUUCACUGAGCCACCUCCAUUUCUUCAUCUGUGAAAUGGGCAUAACAGUAAUAUAUAACCCUACCUACCUCACAGGGCUGUUGUGAGGAUCAAGUGAAAUAAUGUAUGCAAGAAUAAAUGGUAAAUGACUAUUA